AUGUUAAUUGACUCUGCUGCAGGGAAUGAAAUUCUGAAUUUUAUGGACGGUUAUUCAGGAUAUAAUCAGAUCUUCAUUGCUAAAGAUGAUGUGUCCAAAACUGCUUUUCGAUGCCCUGGGACGUUGGACACUUAUGAGUGGGUAGUUAUGCCAGUCGGUUUGAAAAAUACUGGUGCAAUAUACCAACGUGCUAUGAAUACCAUUUUCCAUGAGUACAUUGGAAAAUUUAUGGAGUUAAAGUUCUAUAUGGUUGCCAAACCUGUGAAAAUCAUCGCUCAAACUGACCUCGUUAAAUAUAUGUUGACUUCUCCAAUAUUGCAAGAUCGACUAGGAAAAUGGAUGUUGGCAUUAACAGAAUUCGAUUUGCAAUAUAUUCCAGCCAAGGUUGUAAAAGGACAGGUCAUUGCAGAUUUUCUAGUUGACCAUUUGAAUAAUCUGAAUGACCAGGGGGCAAAUAUGAUUGACGUCCAUGUCGAUUAUUGGAAGUUAUAUUUUGAUGGUUCGAAGCAUAAAGAUGGUGCAGGAGUGUGA